AUGGGAUUCUUGUGGUAUCGUCGGGACACACCACUGCUACGGAUUCGCGACCUCAACCUUUCCUUUGCCGCCAUUGGCUUCCUCCAUACUUACUGGAUGGCGGUACAAAUGGCCUAUAUUGUGAAGCCUUUCCCACCGCAGGCAGAGUAUUGGAUCAUGGGGAUAUAUCUUCCCUUUGGCAUCGCCCUAUUUCAUGCCUCGAACUCCCGUUUUCUUUACGUCGCUAGGCAGCAGAGGAGGAGCCAUACUCGAAAAAUGCUUGUGGUGAUCGGCAUGGGCAUGGGUUUGCAGCUUUUCCUUACCGUACUCAUGUACCUGCUCUCCAAGAAGUUCCACCCAUCCUUUGGCGUACCGGGCACCGAGGUGGCCCUCAAUAAUUUGGCAGUUCUUUUGGUCCUGGAUAGUAGCUCCUGUUGUGCUAUGGCGGGCAAGACGGAUACACGACACCUUAGGGUGGAGAACACAAACACUUACUUGUUGCCUCGCAGGACCAUAUCUGCUGUGGAAAAGUCGAGUACGAUCGACUCGGUGGGCACCGCUUAUUCAGGGGAGAGCAUGUUGAGCAUGGGUGCCCUGGAGUACGUCCUAGAGCACAACCCGGACCCACUCCGACAGUUUUCGGCACUCAAGGACUUCUCAGGGGAGAACGUCGCGUUCCUCACGGCUGUCGCCGAAUGGAGGAGUCGGUACCGGGCCACAGGCGAGGGCGAAGCAGCAAGGGAAGCAUACAACAAGGCCCUGCACAUCUAUGUGGAUUUCAUCAGCCCCAAGGACGCCGAAUUCCCAAUCAACAUCUCCUUCCAGGAUAAGACCGGCCUGGAGGCUAUCUUCGAGAAGGCAGCAAGGGUCUUGUACGGUGACCGUGGACUGGCCAACAGCCAAGCUACGCCUUUCGCGCCCGGUUCAGGUUGGCCCCGCGAGGCGCAGGCGGGGCGACCUUCGCACGCGUCCGAGAGGCCGAUCAUUGGGUCGAGGACGAACAGCAACGCCGAUGUUGAGCUGAGGGCAAUGGCGGACCGCAUCGCAUAUUGGGGUGAAAUACCUGCGACGUUCGACGGGACCGUGUUCGAUAGGGCUGAGACCAGUAUCAAGUAUCUUGUUCUUACCAACACAUGGCCCAAGUUUAGUGUCAAGGAUAUUGUCCUGUGA